AUGGCACCAAAUCCGGAAUUGGAAAUUCCAAUCCUCAAACCGCUGCAAAAAUCCGUGACUCCGCGCCCGAGCCAGGAAAAUCUGAAGAUCGACGAAAAGAAUCUACCACCCAACCCAUCGCAGUGGCGUCCAUCUUUCCACCUCACGGCGCCCGGGUGGCUGAACGAUCCCUGCGGUCUGGGCUACGACCCAGUAACAGGGCUGUAUCAUCUCUGCUUCCAAUGGAACCCCCACGGAAAUGACUGGGGCAAUAUCUCAUGGGGCCAUGCCACAUCCCCAGACUUGGUAUCGUGGACACCUUCUCAAGAACCUAUCUUGGCUCCUUCGGCCGAGUAUGACUGCCGUGGCGUCUUCACUGGAUGCCUGCGAGCAACCGAUGUCUCCGGUGCCCCGGGCGCACUCACAAUUCUCUAUACGUCUGUUAGACAUCUCCCCAUCCACCACACGCUGCCAUACACACUGGGAAGCGAAUCGCUCAGUCUAGCUGUCUCCCAAAACGGAGGCAAGAGCUGGGAGCGUCAGGCGUGUAACCCUAUACUAACAGGCCCUCCUUCUCACCUCAAUGUGACAGGCUGGAGAGAUCCUUGCCUCACGACUUGGGUUGAGGGGCCUGUACCCGAUCAGUCAACUCUGUACGGAUUCAUCUCAGGCGGCAUCGCUAAGCAAACACCGACUGUCUUUGUGUACAAGGUUGACUCUACAGACCUCCGCAAGUGGGAAUUCCUCGGUCCAUUGGUGGAUGUAGGUCUCAACCUACGGCCCUCUCGCUGGUCGGGAGAUCUCGGCGUGAAUUGGGAAGUAGCCAACCUCAUGACUCUAAGCAAUGAUUCUUCAUCUCGAGACUUUGUCAUUAUGGGAGCCGAAGGUUGUUUACCCCUGGAUUACGUGGCCCAAGGCUCAGACGAAGAAGCCCGUCGGAGACGAGAGGCGCGAGGACAGCUCUGGGUCUCGGUCAAGUCAAACCGAGAUGCCGGCUCUGGCGCUCUGUCUUCUUAUGCAUUCUCUGGUAUCUUCGAUCAUGGCUGUUUCUAUGCCGCCAACGCUUUCUAUGAUACAAAAACUGCGCAGCAAAUCGUUUAUGGUUGGAUCACAGAAGAAGAUCUGUCAGACUCUCUGCGCCAUCGACAGGGCUUCAGUGGGUUGAUCUCACUGCCUCGCGUGGUGGGACUGAUGACAUUGAAUAAUGUGAUCAAGGCGCGCAGCUCACCUUUAAGCGCCAUCACCUCAAUCGAAGCUGUCCCUAGUGCUGAUUUGUUCACCAUUCACACCAUGAGAAUCAGCCCGGAUAGUCGACUUGAACUUCUGCGAAAGAGCGCACAAAGGAGUCGCCGAGGUCGCGAGAUCUUAUCUGCACCAAACUGCGAGAGCAAGGCUGGUGCUGCUAUGAGUUCACGGUGGGAGAUCAAUGCCGAAUUCUCAGUCAGUCAAUCCUGUUCUCGGGUGGGUGUCAGAAUUCCACACACUAUCGAUGGACAAGAAUGUACGACUCUGUCGUGGCAUCCACAAAGCGAGACAUUCACAAUCCACCGACCAAACAUCGAAAAUACUGAAGUCAACCACGGCCAUGAAACGGCUCCGCAUACGCUGUUCACCACCUCGGAAGGCCGCGAAGAGGUCGAAGAGAAUUUGAAGAUACACGCCUUCUUCGACUCAAGCGUGUUGGAAGUUUUCGUCAAUGAGAGGACUGUCAUCUCCACGCGCAUUUACCUCCCAUCUGACACUUGCUUUGAGCCGAUGUUCUUUGCAGACCCCCCAAGCCCGGAUGCUGAGCCUGCAGUGCUUCUACAGGCGGACAUCUGGGAUGGCCUGGGAGUAUGA